AUGUCUACAUGGACUCAUCUCAUUCGAUUUAUCGCGGUCGAGGACGACAAGGUGCAUCUAGGGCAACUCGUAGAUACCGCACGGGACAUCGGCCUUUACACCUUUGAUGGAGUCACUGUUCAGGCAUUCCGCAUCGAAGGAACCAUAUUCGACAGCAGAGUGACCAAGGAGGUCGUCACCGUAAAGAAGCUCCUGGCCCCUGUUGUGAAGGAAGAAUGCACAUACAUCCGUUGCAUCGGCAUGAAUUACCGCCACCAUGUCAAAGAAAUCGAAGUAACAUUGCCUAGCACUCCUAGCAUGUUCACAAAGCCUCGGACCGCCCUGGCAGAUCCUUUUCCGGCACCCCUUUCCGUUCCAAGAAUCUCUCAAGACAACUCCGGUGAUUAUGAGGCAGAGCUUUGCGUCGUCAUUGGACGAGGCGGUCGAAAUAUCGCAAAAGAAGAUGCGUUGAACCAUGUCCUGGGGUACACGGUGUCGAACAAUGUCUCUUCCCGGAGACUGCAAAUGAGUGAUCAACAGUGGUCCUUCUCCAAAGGAUUGGAUUCCUCCUGCCCGAUCGGCCCUGCUACAUACAACGGCCAGAUCGUACAAGCCGACAAAACAGGCAACAUAGUCUUUGGUGUGGCCGAACUGAUCUGUUAUCUGUCUCAGGGCACCACAUUGGAGCCAGGUACUCUUAUUUUGACUGGAACAACAGCGGGAGUAGGGUUUAAGCAGAACCCAAAGAUAUUCCUGCAAGACGGCAGAGAUAUUCGGGUGUAUAUCCAGGCUCUAAGUACACGUGUUAAACACGUCGAGUACGAGGACUGGUAG